GAAUUUACUUCUGGCAACACUUAGUCAUUUUUCGCUUGUGGGGCAGAAUAAAAGAAAUAAUUGUAAUUUAAAAGGCCGAACGCAACACGAAUCUUUGCGAAGAUGACCGAUUCCAAAUAUUUCACCACCACCAAGAAGGGUGAAAUCUUCGAGCUUAAGUCGGAGCUAAACAAUGAUAAGAAGGAGAAGAAGAAGGAGGCGGUAAAGAAGGUGAUUGCCAGCAUGACUGUGGGCAAGGAUGUAUCGGCUCUGUUUCCUGAUGUGGUCAACUGCAUGCAGACUGAUAAUUUGGAACUUAAGAAGCUGGUUUACUUAUACCUGAUGAACUAUGCCAAGUCGCAGCCGGAUAUGGCCAUUAUGGCGGUGAAUACAUUCGUUAAGGAUUGCGAGGACUCGAAUCCCCUUAUUCGUGCCCUGGCUGUACGUACCAUGGGCUGUAUUCGGGUCGACAAGAUCACCGAAUAUCUGUGCGAGCCGUUGCGCAAGUGUCUCAAGGAUGAGGAUCCUUAUGUACGCAAGACGGCAGCUGUUUGUGUGGCCAAAUUGUACGAUAUCUCUGCCACCAUGGUGGAGGACCAGGGUUUUCUCGAUCAGUUGAAGGAUCUUCUUUCCGACUCGAAUCCCAUGGUGGUGGCCAAUGCAGUGGCCGCUCUCAGUGAAAUCAAUGAGGCCAGCCAAUCGGGUCAGCCGUUGGUUGAGAUGAAUUCGGUAACAAUUAACAAGCUGCUUACGGCUCUCAACGAAUGCACCGAAUGGGGUCAGGUAUUCAUUUUGGACUCACUGGCCAAUUACAGUCCCAAGGAUGAGCGCGAAGCACAAUCCAUUUGCGAGCGUAUCACCCCAAGACUUGCUCAUGCCAAUGCCGCAGUCGUCCUUAGUGCUGUCAAGGUAUUAAUGAAGCUGCUGGAGAUGUUAUCCAGUGACAGUGACUUCUGUGCCACGCUUACCAAGAAGCUUGCUCCUCCAUUGGUCACACUAUUAUCAUCGGAGCCGGAGGUUCAAUAUGUGGCUCUGCGUAACAUCAAUCUAAUAGUGCAAAAGCGACCGGACAUCUUAAAGCAUGAGAUGAAAGUCUUUUUCGUCAAAUACAAUGAUCCAAUUUAUGUCAAACUCGAAAAGCUUGACAUAAUGAUUCGUCUGGCCAACCAGAGCAACAUCGCCCAGGUGCUCAGCGAGCUAAAGGAAUAUGCCACCGAGGUCGAUGUGGACUUUGUGCGUAAGGCCGUUCGUGCCAUUGGGCGCUGUGCCAUCAAGGUGGAGCCUUCGGCGGAGCGUUGUGUAUCCACACUGCUUGAUCUUAUCCAGACCAAGGUCAACUAUGUCGUGCAGGAGGCCAUUGUGGUCAUUAAAGAUAUCUUCCGCAAGUAUCCCAACAAGUACGAGAGCAUCAUCAGUACUCUGUGCGAGAAUUUGGAUACAUUGGACGAACCGGAGGCAAGGGCUUCAAUGGUUUGGAUCAUUGGCGAGUAUGCAGAGCGUAUUGAUAAUGCCGAUGAGCUGCUCGACAGUUUCCUCGAAGGAUUCCAGGAUGAGAAUGCCCAAGUACAGUUGCAGUUGCUGACAGCUGUGGUGAAGCUGUUUCUUAAGCGCCCAUCGGAUACGCAGGAGCUGGUCCAGCAUGUGUUGUCCCUGGCCACUCAAGAUUCGGAUAAUCCUGAUUUGCGUGAUCGUGGUUUCAUCUACUGGCGACUCUUGUCUACAGAUCCAGCCGCUGCCAAAGAGGUUGUGUUGGCCGAUAAGCCACUCAUCUCCGAGGAGACCGAUUUGUUGGAGCCCACGCUGCUGGAUGAACUCAUUUGUCAUAUUAGUUCACUGGCCAGUGUCUAUCACAAGCCACCCACUGCCUUUGUGGAGGGCCGUGGCGCUGGAGUACGCAAGUCGCUGCCUAAUCGCUCUGCUGGCAGUGGUGCUGGCAGCAACAGCGACCAACCUGAGCCAGGCGCAGGUUCCGAGGCCAUGGUCAUACCCAAUCAGGAGUCGCUCAUAGGUGAUCUGCUGUCCAUGGACAUUAAUACUCCUGCCAUGCCUGCUGCUCCUACAACCACAAGCAAUGUGGAUUUGCUGGGUGGUGGCUUGGACAUACUUCUGGGUGGACCCGCCAAUGAUGCGGCAGCUCCUGCCGCCGGCGGUGGUGCCAGCAGCCUCUUGGGUGACAUUUUUGGUCUAGCUGGCAACUCGCUGUCGGUGGGCGUACAGAUCCCCAAGGUCACUUGGCUCCCAGCUGAAAAGGGCAAAGGUCUUGAGAUUCAGGGUACAUUCUCUCGUCGCAAUGGCGAAAUUUUCAUGGACAUGACUCUAACCAACAAAGCCAUGCAACCCAUGACCAACUUUGCCAUUCAACUCAACAAGAACAGUUUCGGCUUAUCGCCAUCGGCGCCAUUGCAGGCUACUCCUCUGCCACCCAACCAGAGCACCGAGGUCAGUCUAGCACUGGGCACCACUGGACCCAUUCAGCGCAUGGAACCGCUUAAUAAUCUCCAGGUGGCAGUGAAGAACAACAUCGACAUCUUCUACUUCGCCUGUCUAGUUCAUGGCAAUGUUCUGUUUGCCGAAGAUGGGCAGCUCGAUAAGCGCGUCUUCCUCAAUACUUGGAAGGAGAUUCCCGCGGCCAAUGAGUUGCAGUACAGCCUAAGUGGCGUCAUUGGAACCACCGAUGGCAUCGCCUCCAAAAUGACUACCAACAAUAUUUUCACCAUUGCCAAGCGGAAUGUGGAGGGUCAGGAUAUGCUCUAUCAAUCGCUUAAGCUUACAAAUAACAUUUGGGUCCUAUUGGAGCUUAAAUUGCAGCCGGGAAAUCCGGAUGCCACCCUCAGCCUCAAAUCCCGAUCAGUGGAGGUGGCCAAUAUCAUAUUUGCCGCCUACGAGGCCAUCAUACGUUCGCCUUAAGCGCCCAAAAUAGAAAUUUACUGAACAAAGAUUGGCAAUGGAAACGGAAACGAGGGUUCAAUCUACCUUCAUUCAUAUAUAUACAUAUAGUGUUUCAAAUCUCAAAAUAGUAGACAAAUUCCACUCCAUAAAACCCAAAAGUUUAUUUUCAGUUUUAAAUUCAAUUAGAUUCUCAUUAAACUGUAAAACGUUAUCCUAUUAUUCAGAUUUGUCAAUCAAUUGUUAUGCAAAUGUUUUCUCGUUCCGGACCCUUUAAUGUCGUCGUUGUAACAAAUUAUUAUUAUUACAUUAAUUAUUAUCGAUUAUUAUUAUAAAUAGCAUCAUGUAUUUGCAGAGAAAUUGCGUAUUUAUGCACUUAACACUAUAAUUCAUAUAUAUACACAUAUAUAUAUAUAUAUAUAUAUAUAUCUACUAUAUAUACAGAGAUAUACAAAAAUUAAAAAAAUUAUUUUAAUGGAAUGCAAAACCCAAAUAAUGAAAAUGAAAAUAAUAAAGAAUUUGCAUUCAAGUGCAA